UUCUUCCUACACCACGAAAAUCACGAAAGUAGUCAAAACAACGAAGAGAGCUAUGCAAAUAAGCAUGAAUCGGAGUUUUUGGUUGCUUUUGCAAGACAUCUAAUUCUGCAAGGUUACGCUCCUUCAGAAAUCACUAUCCUUUGUACCUACACUGGCCAACUUUUUUCUCUUAUGAAGGAAACAGAUCGAUACGCAGUUUUAAAACCGAUGCGAGUGACGACUGUAGAUAAUUUUCAGGGAGAGGAAAAUAAAAUAAUCCUCUUGUCUCUGGUACGCAACAAUGAAGAAGGUAACAUCGGAUUCCUCAAGGAGGAAAACCGAGUUUGCGUCGCGUUAUCGCGUGCUCGCGAUGGCAUGUACAUCAUGGGCAACAUCCAUAAUCUCGUGAUGAGAAACACCAUUUGGCCGAAAAUCAAGAAGGUUCUGGAGGAAGAAAACGCCAUAGGCAACGCUCUCGAAUUGAGAUGCGAGGUUCAUCAUGAUCAAAUCACAUUGGUAAAAAUGCAUGCUCCAUUUAUAAUAUACAACUUUACAUGAUCAUAUAAAUAUAUUCUUAUGCACUGAUUUAUAUAAACAAGCACAUAAGAAUCUUUGUUGCCCCUUAUUGAGAAACUUG